GUCGGGUCAGGCUGCUAUUCCUGCUGGACUAACGUCUCCGGGGCUGGCCUGGAAUAAAUGAUGGGCACUUGUUUGAUUAAGGAACGCUAACAGGACUUACUUAAGGAGUAAAUAUCAGUAUGACUGCAGUCUGAGGAAGGGCUUCUGUGUUCCUACCAAAAGCUUGCUGGUGCAGAGGAACAGUGCAAGGAGAGCAGCAAGGGCAUUUUGAGCUACCAUGGAUAUCCCCACCGAUUUGGUGCCAUCGUCCAUGAUGUCCCAGCCUGAAGUGAUUGAGUCUACAGCCAUGAGUGAACCACAGUGCUACUACAAUGAAACCAUUGCCUUCUUUUAUAACCGAAGUGGAAAAUAUCUAGCCACUGAAUGGAACACUGUCAGCAAGCUUGUAAUGGGACUGGGGAUUACCGUCUGCAUCUUCAUAAUGCUGGCCAACCUCUUGGUUAUGGUGGCUAUUUAUGUGAAUCGCCGAUUCCACUUUCCUAUUUAUUACUUAAUGGCCAACUUAGCUGCUGCGGACUUUUUUGCAGGGCUGGCCUACUUUUACUUAAUGUUCAACACAGGACCCAACACUAGAAGACUGACUGUAAGCACCUGGCUUCUCCGUCAGGGUCUCAUUGAUACCAGUCUGACAGCCUCUGUAGCCAAUUUGUUGGCCAUUGCUAUUGAGCGGCACAUUACAGUUUUCCGAAUGCAGCUGCACACUCGGAUGAGCAACCGCCGAGUGGUCGUUGUCAUUGUUGUUAUCUGGACUAUGGCCAUCGUCAUGGGUGCCAUACCGAGUGUCGGAUGGAACUGUAUUUGUGAUAUCACCCACUGCUCCAACAUGGCACCGCUCUAUAGUGACUCCUACCUGGUCUUCUGGGCUAUUUUCAACCUGGUCACUUUUGUGGUCAUGGUGGUCCUAUACGCUCACAUCUUUGGGUACGUUCGCCAAAGGACUAUGAGAAUGUCCAGACACAGUUCUGGACCCCGCAGGAAUCGGGAUACCAUGAUGAGCCUCCUGAAGACUGUGGUCAUUGUGCUUGGUGCUUUCAUAAUCUGCUGGACCCCAGGAUUAGUCUUGCUGCUCCUCGAUGUUUGCUGUCCCCAGUGCAACGUCCUGGCCUAUGAAAAAUUCUUCCUUCUCCUGGCAGAGUUCAACUCUGCCAUGAACCCCAUCAUCUACUCCUACCGGGACAAGGAGAUGAGCACUACGUUCAAGCAGAUCCUGUGCUGCCAGCGCAGCGAGAGCGCCAAUGGCCCCACUGAAGGCUCGGACCGGUCAGCCUCCUCCCUCAACCACACCAUCUUGGCUGGCGUCCACAGCAACGACCACUCCGUGGUGUGAAGCCACAGCCAGCCGCCUCACCGACAAAGAGCAGCGGGCGACGCUCGGGCGGGGCAGGUGCGUGGCCCCAGGGAAGGUAACCCACUCACGUUUUCUCAAACACUAAUGGACUACAAGUGCAUCUUUUCCGGGGGCCUGACGUGCCAGCGCAGACUGCCCUGUCCACAGGAUUGGCCAUGCUGCAAAGCCUUUGAUUUCUACUUUGAAAAAGUAGAAAGUAGUUGCUUUGCAGAAGAGGCCAUCAAUAACCACGGAAAGCCUUGCUGAGACUUUGUUGGACUUUGCUGCAUCUUGGUGCCAGUCUGAAUCAACUCUGAUUAAUUAAGCUUAUACCUGCUUCACUGCAUUUACAUGUAGCCACUUAGUAUUUUUAAAAAGGGAGUAAAGGGGAUAAAACUAUGCCUAUCAUUUAAUAGACAUGUAAUAUGUAUCACCAUCAGCAUGCUUGUGAUGAACAUUUUCUGUGCAGGGAGUAAAACUGUGCUCUAGUCUUUGUAUCCUUAGCCACACUGUCAUAACUACAGUAAAAAGAAAAGUAUUUUUUCCUAACACAGGCAACAGGAAGAUGAGGGAAACUGACUCUUCUUACCUUCAUUACUGGUGUUAGAGAAUGCAUGUUCUGUGUGUAUGCAGAUUGUUUUAAUUAUGAAAAAAAAAAAAGCUCUUUGUAAAGUCUGCCGGAAAGUAGAAAAACAUAGACUGUAUUCCAGUGUUUGUUUAGAUUAUGAAAUAAACAGUACUUUAGUCACAAUGUAUAUAAGGUUCUUCUUUGAAGUACAGUAUGAAAUUUGUAACAUGUGAGGGGUACCAAGUUUUUUAUGGAUAGGUUCUUAAAGUAGGACACAUCCCUAAGGCUCUUAAAGGGCUACAGUCAGGUUGGUAGAUUGCAAAAACUGUAUUUAUGGCAUAUUCUUGGAAUGCUUUUCUUGUUCAUGGCAAAAAACAUUUCUAAUGGCGAAAAAGAAAAGGUAUGUUUUUAUGGAACCUUUCUGGUAAUUGAAAACAAAACACCUGCUGCAUUUUUGCACUGAGAAGUAUUUGUAGGGUACCAUUCAAAUUAUGCCUCCUUCAUUUCAAAAGCGGUGGGCUACUAAGAACCAAGGCACAAUUUUAUUUUGUAAAGUCGACACUUUGCAAGAUAGUAAUCCAUUGCAAAUGGCUGGACUAUAUUACAGAGCCAUACAUGUACACUGUUAUAAAUGCCUAAGCUAACAGGUGGUUUUUUCAUAUGA